CCAUCACACCAAGGAAGAACAUAACUCGAUAGGAAAAACCUCUAUAAGGGUGAAAUACAAAUCAAGGUGAAGAUGAAGAUGAAGAUGGUUUGUCUCCUGCUCUUCCUUUUAUUGGUACUCCCUGUCUCACAUUCCUCGCCUUCUAAUCAUUCUGAUGAAGCAGCUCUUCUGUCUUUUAAGCAUUCCCUCUUUCUUGACCUCUACAAUUCCUUGUUCAAUUGGUCUCCGGCUCACUCCUUCUGUAACUGGACAGGAGUUGCUUGUUCAACUCGUCAUCAGCGCGUUGUUUCUUUGAAUCUCACAGGUAUGUCUUUAGAGGGUCCCAUCUCUCCUUUCCUUGGCAAUCUCUCUUUUCUUAGGGUACUUUAUCUCUGGAAUAACAGUUUUGAGGGUCAAAUUCCUUCCCAAUUAGGAAGGCUAUUUCGUCUUAGAAAACUUAAUUUGUCUAAAAAUAAAAUAGAAGGUUUCAUUCCACCCACUUUAGGAGAUUGCCGUUCUUUACAAUUUCUCAGUCUAUCUUUUAACAAUUUGAGUGGCAAAAUUCCCCCUGAGCUUGGCCUUCUUUCACAUUUAGAGACGCUUUGGUUAGAUGUAAACCCGCUAAUAACCACAAUCCCAUCUUUUAUAGGAAAUUUGACCUCGUUAAUUAGCUUGGAUAUGGCACAAACUGGAAUUCAUGGUAGUAUCCCCGUUGAAUUGGGUAUGCUUACUCAAUUAAGACUUCUCUCUCUUAACACUAAUAAUUUGACAGGCAUGAUUCCCACCACUCUUUCUAAUUGUACUCUUAUUCAAAUAUUAGCAUUAUAUGAUAAUCCAUUAAGUGGCCACAUUCCUUGGCAAUUUGGCAAAUUAUCAGAGUUGCAAUUGUUGUACUUGUGGGGAAAUAACCUUACAGGAAAAAUACCAAGCUCCCUGUUUAAUUGUACACAACUUCAAGAAGUUGAAUUAGCUACUAACGAACUAAGUGGCAUGGUGCCCAUGGAAUUUGGCAAAUUACUCCAGCUUGAAUGGCUUGAUUUAGCAAGAAAUCAUCUUGUGAGUGAAAUUAGUGGCUUGUCUUUUCUAAUAGCAUUGAUUAAUUGCUCAAACCUAGAAUCCUUAGAUUUGUCUACUAAUUAUCUCACUGGAAUUUUACCCCCUUCUAUUAGUCAACUAUCUAGCCAAAUCUCAUAUUUGGCAUUAGACUCCAAUAAAAUUGAGGGAAUCAUACCAAGUGGUAUUGGGAACCUUACAAAGUUGACAAUGCUAAACUUAAGCAGCAAUUACUUUAGUGGGACUAUUCCAUCCACACUCAGCAAACUUUCAAAUCUUGAGACAUUGUAUCUUGACAAAAACAACUUAUAUGGGAGAAUUCCAAAAAGUUUGGGAUAUGCAAAAAGACUUGGUUUGUUAUCUUUGAGUGGAAACAUGAUUUCAGGGAAAAUUCCAGAGAGUCUUGGUGAUCUUCCACAAUUAAGAUAUCUUGUUCUUCAUCACAAUCAACUAUCAGGGAAAAUACCUGCUAGUUUAGGGAGAUGCAUCACUUUAGAAAAGUUGGACUUGGCUCACAAUAAACUGGAAGGAAAUCUACCUCAUGGAUGGGCAAGUUUUCCAAAUCUCCAAUUUUAUUUCAAUAUUUCAAGCAAUUUCUUACAAGGUUCUCUUCUAGAAGUGAGUAAAAUGGUAAUGGUCCAAGCUAUAGAUGUGUCUCACAACAACUUCUCAGGUGAGAUUCUAGCUCCAUUAUCAAAUUGCAUAGAAUUGCAAUAUUUGAAUCUUUCAUGGAAUUCAUUUGAUGGUGCAAUUCCAGCAUCACUCAAAAAAUUAAAAAAUCUUCAGGACAUUGAUCUCUCUAACAAUAAUUUGUCAGGUGCAAUCCCAAUGGAUUUACAAGAAAUGAUAAUGCUUCAACAUAUCAAUCUCUCUUCAAAUAAAUUAAUAGGAGAGGUUCCAAAGGGAGGAGCUUUUGGAGUAGUUGAUGAGUCAGCAUUUUUAGGAAAUGUUGGCCUUUGUGGUAGUUGGAUUAAAUUGCCGUCAUGCUCUAGUUCCAAACAUAAGCAAGGCUCAAUAUCCAAAAAGGUAAUAUUACCUAUUGUGAUUGGCACUACAAUCUUCAUCAUGUCUUUUAUAUUGGUAAUUUUCUAUAUGAGACACAAAAAGGAGAAUACACUUGAACUCAACAUUGGGCCUAGAAUAAUUUCCUUUGAUGAACUUGUGGAUGCAACUGGUGGCUUUGAUCAGACCAAUCUAUUAGGGGUUGGGAGUUUUGGAUCUGUUUAUAGAGGGAUUCUCAAUGAUGGUACAAAUAUUGCUGUUAAAGUCCUCAAUUUAGAAGAUGAAAAUGUUCUCCAAAGUUUUAAUAGAGAAUGUAAUGUGUUAAAAAGAGUUAGGCACCGCAAUGUCAUCAAAAUCAUAUCAACAUGUUCCACUAGUGAUUUUAAAGCUUUGAUUCUUCCAUUCAUGUCAAAUGGAAGUUUAGAGAGAUUGCUAUAUCCUGAGGGAGGAGAUGAAUGUCGAUUAAAAUUGAAUGAUCGAUUAAGAAUAGCAAAGGAGAUAGCACAAGGAAUGGAAUAUCUACAUCAUCAUUGCUUUGUGCAAGUCAUUCAUUGUGACCUAAAACCUAAUAAUGUGUUACUGGGGGAUGAUGUUACUCCAUGUAUAGCAGACUUUGGCAUUGCUAAAAUCAUAUUUGGGAAUUCAAUAGAUUCAUUGACUUUUACAAGUUCACUCAAGGGAUCCAUUGGCUACAUUGCACCAGAGUAUGGAAUGGGUGGAAAUAUCUCAACAAAAGGAGAUGUAUAUAGCUAUGGAAUUCUACUUCUAGAGUUGUUGACAAGGAGGAGACCUACAGAUGACAUAUUUGUAGAAGGUAUCACUCUAUCAAAAUGGGCAAGCAUGAAUUUUCCAAGUAGACUAACAGAAGUGGUGGACAAAAACCUACUUAUAAAUGUUAAAGAAAAUGAUAUACCAUUGGUAUUGGAAUGCCUUGCCCAAUCUAUACAAGUGGGACUGAUUUGCACAAGGGAGCUACCACAACAAUGCCCAAAUAUGAUGGAGGUAGUUAAGAGAUUGGAAAAAAUAUCAAGUUCAUUUCUUGGAACUCCUAGGGAUUUCCAAUUUCCUAUAGAUAUUUCACCUUUUCUUGAGAGCACAAGUGGUCCAAAAAAUACUACAGGAGAUUCAUCAUCUACAUCUUAGCUCUAUAUUUAUGUCCUAGUUACACAAUUGUCAAUUAUUGUUGAUUUUUUUACUACUAUUUCCUAUUUAAAUUUCAUCUUGUAAGUUUUAUUA